AUGGCGGCGGCGGCUGCGGCGGCCCCCACCGAGGAGCUGCUGUCCCUGGAGGGCGCCAUGCGCGCGCCCGACGCCAUUAUGGAGCCCGGCAUGGCUGAGGUGGUGGGGCGCUACAUCAGGGCUGGGGGCAAGCCCGAGGAGGUGAUAGAGAGCCUCACCACCAGCUACGAAGGCUGCGCCCAGAUGGCGGGGCUGGUGUGCAGCUGGAUGCGCCUGGUCGGUGCACCGUACGCCCCGCCGGGCGCCCCCUCGACUGCCGGUGGCGGCGGCGCUUUCGACGCCGCGCCAGUGGCGACCGCAGCUGCCGCUGGCCCUGGGCGGCGUGGUGACAUGCCGCCGGACGAGUUCACUCUCUUGCAGGUGAUGGGGCGCAACAUGGGGCUGGGCGCUCACAUCAGUGGGAGUUGGAGGGGCGGCGGGCCGGCAGACGAGGAGCGCAGCAGCAGAUAG